AUGGGCUGGGGUGCAGCAGGUGCAGCAGGUGCAGCAGGUGCAGCAGGUCCAGCAGGUCCAGCAGCAGAGCCAACGUUUGAAUGGAACCCACCUACUUUACCCGACAUGAGAAAGUCCCCUAUUGACCAGACGGACGAAUGGCAGGCAGGUGGCGGGCAGAAGAGAUGGGGAAGCGGGGGAGAAGCGUCGGCAUACCGGUCGAUACCACGAACCUUCGCAAAAGACGGUCAACGUCGAGUCUCGGACUGGGACCCUGAGUUUCUUGCCUUCGGAUUAUCUUUUGCAAUCGACUUCGGCGUCUCGAAGGGCCUGGGAAGACACGACGUUGAUAUACCCAAGUCUUGGCUGGGAGCUCUACGAGGAAGCGAAUAUGCCUUUACGAUCCUUUACAACCCUGCCUUGAUGGCUACCAAAACCUCGAUCCUGAUCUUCUACCUGCGGAUGUCGAGACAUACCCAGAGCGUCCUCCGCAUCGCAUCUUGUGUCACACUAGCGGUUGUCAAUGUUGGAGGCGUGGUUCUCACGUUCCUGAACGCAUUUCAAUGCAACCCUGUGCGAGCUGCUUACGACCCAACCGUGUCCAACCAAAAAUGCUUCUCGAUUGUCACGCUAUACCUGUGCUCGGCACCUUUCAACAUCAUCACCGACCUCGCGAUCCUGGUGCUACCAAUCCCGGUGCUCACCGGUAUCCGUCUCCCCCAACGCCAAAAGACUGUUUUGGUUUUCACGUUCGCAUUGGGUAUUUUCGUCACCAUUGUUGAUGUCGUUCGGAUCUAUUACUUGCAGCAAGCAGAUGAUAAUCAAAACAUUGUACACUUGCGACUGGGAACGGGGGUAGAUUUUUCUUGGACAGUUAGUGCGGUAUUGAUGUGGUCAGCCGUAGAAGUCAAUGUGGGGAUUAUUUGCGCCUGCGUUCCUACCUUGAGGCCUCUGAUCAAGAAGAUUCUGCCUUCCAUGAUAACCGAUCGUGCUUCGAAAGGUUCACAGACAAAUAGCACCGGGAGAUCAAAAUUCAUCCCCUCACGGCUUCCAAAGGAGUUAAGUGCGGAUCCACAACACCCAGCAGUGGCAGAAUCAAACGCGGGAUUGCAAGCAUUACCCCCAGCCCACGUUGAGAGUGAUCAAAACGCUGAGAUAGAUAUGAUGGGCUUCUUGACGAUGCCCGAUGGUAUGGGAGAACCCGGAAUGCUUCAAACACAUACAGCUCACACAGCAGCCACAGAAAACACGGUCUACUUUGGCUUCGUCAACAUGAGAAAACCGAAAAGCAUGCUAAAGACGAAGGGAAUCGAGUCUUUCAAAUACUGCACGCUCGUCACGAUUCUCUUCUUCCUGUGGGGAUUCUCUUACGGUCUCCUCAACACCCUCAACGCCGAGAUAACCAGAAUCUCAGGCCAGACACUGAGCGAAAACCUGGGACUGUCAUCUACUUAUUUCUUUGGGUAUCUGUGCGGUCCUCUUACCGUCGGCCAGUGGACUCUGCGUGCCGGCGGCUUCAAAGUGACAUUUAUCACCGGCCUCAUCAUCUACGGGAUCGGAACGUUGAUGUUCUGGCCGUCGGCAGUGCUUACCUCCUUUCCAGGCUUCGUCAUCUCGACCUUCGUGGUCGGGUUUGGCCUGGCUGUCACUGAGACUGCAGCGAACCCGUUUCUAGCCCUCUGUGGACCAAGUGCGUACGCCGAGUCCCGACUCCUGACUGCACAGGCAAUCCAAGCCAUAGGAAGCAUCCUCAGCCAGCUCCUAGCGCAGAAAGUUCUGUUUCGUUACGUCUCCUCACAUCCGAGCCUCAUCGACGUGCAGUGGACGUACCUUGCCGUUGCACUGUUCACGGUCAUCCUAGCCCUAUUCUUCUACUACAUGCCUUUACCAGAAGCAACUGACGAAGACUUGCAAGCACAGGCUGAGAGCCUCGGGAUCUACCCCCAGCAAACCAUCACUCUCAUCCCAAAACUCAAGUUCAGCUUGAUCACCACUUCGCUGGUAGCAGCACUUGUCACCCAGUUCCUGUACGUUGGAGCGCAGGAGUCAGUGUCAAUAUGGUUCGGCCAUCUCCUGUACCAACUCUCCGGCGAAACCCGAAAACCUCUGACCCUCGACACUGCAAACUACGGCCUGGUCGGGCACGCCACGUUCUCGCUGGGUCGCUUCAUCUUCGCUGGACUGUGUCUGUUCAUCACCCCGCGUCUUCUGCUGUUGGUGACUUUCGUCGGAACGAUCAUCUUCGCCGCUCUCACGAUGUCUAUUUCCACAGACGGGAAUGGCAUUGCUGGACCCGUGUUGGUACUCCUCUUCUUCGAAGGUCCCAUAUGGCCGCUGAUAUUUGUGACGGGACUGAGAGGCCUGGGGAAGAAGACGAAGAUGGGUGCCAGUCUCCUCACUGCUGCAGCAUGCGGGGGCGCCGUCUUCCCACUUGUGAUGCUGGCUGUUCAGCGCGUGAACAAGCGAACAAUACAAUACUCUUUCUGCAUUGUCCUCGCUCUGUACUGUUUCGGCAUUCUGUACCCGAUCACCCUCAGUUUUUCCCCUCAGCUGAGGACGAUGGUGGACCCGAUGAAGGAGGGAGAUUUGCUGCUCAGAGAUGAAGGGGUCCUGGGAGAUGGCGAUGGUCAUGGGGCAGAUACGCCGAUGAGGAGAUUGAGUCGCUGGCUCAGUGUUAUUCUGGAGAAUAUUAAGGGGGCGACGCAGGGGGGUCGGGAGGAGGAGGGCGGGUGGAUUGAGCGCAGAGUGAGCAAAGGGAGGACGGGGGAUUGA